AUGGACCCCAACUUUCUCAAAAACUUCGACUUCUUCGCCGUCCCCAACAACCAAACAACAAACUCAGCCGAGCAGUCCGCCGAGUCGUCCGCCACAGGUGCUGCCAGAAAUGCGCCGGACAAUGCCUUGUGGGAGUCCCUAGGCGGCGACCCUGCAAACUCUGAGUCGACGUCCAAUGGCCCCUCCGGUUCGCUGCCUUCCUUUGCUCAGGCAUCGCCUGCCAGCACGAACUUUGGGCUCGGCUCCAUGCCAGCUCAAAUGCAGUUCAACCAUGGUGGUCAAGAAAGGAAUCCAGGCUUACCGAGCCGCGCUGCGCCGAGCCAAGAUCCCCGGCGGAGAGAUGGUCAUGCACGGAAACGGACCAAGGUCGAUUCUGAGGCUGCUGCAUUGGAGUCGGUCGACUACUGGAUCCAAUUCGAUGAUGAUGAGGAACAGAAGCUGGGUGGAAGCUUUGAGAUCGACUUUUCAAGGCGUAGCAACCCUACUCCAAACUACCGGCCUAGGCCCGCUGCAAACCGCCUGAACCCCAUGUCCACAACACCUGGCCUGGGUGCCGGCUUAUACACCAAUCCUGUUUUCAAGCCAGAGGACUUCAUGGAUGAUGCCGCUCUUGACAAUGCCCUCUCUGACGAUGAGGACUUUCUGGAAUCAAUGAACCUCGGCGACCAGCUUGGGAAGAUUGAUUCUCAACCGCCUCAAGAGGUACCGCCCAGGGAAGGUCUUUACUCAACACCCCUGAGCUGGGAAAAGCCUGCACCUGGGCUAAGGAUGAACCCCCUUUUUGGAAUGGGGGGAAUGGGUGCCAUGGGUGCGCCCAUGCUUGACCCCGAACAGCGACGCUUGCUAGCUAUAGCGCUCAACACGGGGCGAUCUUCAACUAGUAUAGGGUCUGGCAUGGGAUUUGGUGUUGGAGCAGACCUUGGUCCAGAAUUCGCGAGCUUGGAAAACUUCGAUGCCAGCAUGGCAUCAGGCAGCAUGAACGACAUGGCCAACGAUCCCGAGCAAGCGGCUCUUCACAAGGGCAAGCAAAAGGAGAAAGCCUCCGUAAAGGAGGAGCCCGGCACCCAACGGCCGCAAGUGUCACGGACCACCACCAAUGCCACUGGUAUAUCUGAGAAGUCCAAGGAUAAGUUGAAGGCGGGCGAUCGAACGGCACACAACGACAUUGAGAGGAAGUACCGUACCAAUCUCAAAGACAGAAUUUCGGAGCUGCGUGACGCGGUGCCGUCCCUGAGAUCAAUACCCGAAGAAGGAGGUGGUGAAGAUGCUGAGGUUGAUAGCCAAUCGCAGCGCGGCCCUAAAGUCAGCAAGGUAAGCUGGAGUGAUUUUCUUCAUUCGCCAAACGUGCAACACAUGCUUACACUCAUCUACAGGGCACCGUCCUCACGAAGGCGACUGAAUAUAUACACUAUCUAG